AUGGAGGAGGCAUUGGACUGGAUGUCUGAGAAUCAAGGCACUGUCGCCUUGACCUGGGUCGCUGUUGUGUUUGCCACUGCUGUUCUGUGGUUCACAAUAAAAGGAGACUCUGAAAAAGCCGUGGACUUUGAAGUGCCAUUGCCCAAGCAGUUGGAACCUGACUGGCAGGGAGAGGUUUUGCAGGAGCCAAGUUUGAAGAUUUCAGGCUCUUCAGCUGUUCAAUGUUACUGUCCAGCAACAGGACAACUCCUCGGUGUCAUCAACCCUUCUACNCCCGAUGGUAUCGACAGAGCCAUUGCUCGUGCUCAAGAAGCCCAACGCACCUGGGCACUGACGACAUUCUCGCAACGCAGAAAGGUGCUGAAGACAUUGUUGAAGCAAGUUCUAUCGGUUUUUGUUUCUCACUACAAAACUAAUGUAGUAAAAGANUAUGUUCUCACUCACCAAGACGAUAUUGCCACAGCAGCAUGUCUGGACUCUGGUAAGACACGGGUAGAUGCACUAUUUGGUGAAAUCCUUGUGACAGCCGAGAAACUCAAGUGGACGAUCGAUCAUGGCGAGAAGGCUCUGCAGCCCUCGUCCCGCCCUACCAAUCUGCUCAUGAUGUACAAGUCCAACUCGGUCGUCUACGAGCCUUUGGGUGUCGUAGCUGCCUGUGUCAGUUGGAACUACCCAUUCCACAACCUCUUGGGACCCAUCAUUUCGGCCUUGUUCACCGGAAAUGCAAUCAUCGUCAAGGGAUCUGAACAAACAGCUUGGUGUUCAGUCUUCUUCGCAGACAUUGUCAAGCAUGCCUUGAUUGCAUGUGGACACAACCCUGAGCUGGUACAAGCUGUCACCUGUUGGCCCACUACAGCAGAGCACCUCACCUCCCAUCCUGGCAUCUCUCAUCUGACCUUUAUCGGCAGCAAGCCCGUGGCUCACCAUGUCUGUACUUCGGCCGCCAAAUCUCUGACUCCAGUCGUGGUAGAGCUAGGUGGUAAAGAUGCAGCCAUCAUCCUCGAUGCUCCUAAUGGAAAGGCCAUGGCUAAAUCUGAGUUGCAAAGAAUCGAAAGCAUCAUCAUGCGUGGUGUCUUCCAAUCUGCCGGUCAAAACUGCAUCGGCAUCGAACGUGUCGUCGCUAUGCCUCUGGCCUAUGAGUACCUUCUCUCUGUCCUGCCUCUACGCAUCCGCUCCCUCCGUCUCGGCAACGCCCUGACUUCCACCGAAGUCGAUGUCGGUGCUCAAGUCAGCCCAGCCAACUUUGGAAAACUCGAAUCUUUGAUCGCCGAGGCCGUAACUCAAGGUGCCACACUACUGGCCGGCGGAAAACGUCAUAUUCAUCCCGAACACCCACAAGGCCAUUACUUUACACCAACUUUGCUUGCGAACGUAAAUUCAGACAUGCGUAUUGCACAAGAAGAAUGUUUCGCACCUAUCUGCCUUCUCAUGCGAGCCGAGACUGUCGACCACGCCAUCAGCAUAACAAACUCCACAAUCUACGGCUUGGGCUGCAGUGUCUUUGGCCCUGCCUCUUCACCUCUUUCCCAUGUAGCCGCAAGCGUCAAAAGCGGCAUGGUAGCCAUCAACGACUUUGCAGCUUACUAUGCCGUUCAACUUCCCUUUGGCGGUGUGGGAGGUAGUGGGUACGGUCGCUUUGCUGGUGAAGAAGGGCUUAGGGGUUUGUGUAAUGCCAAGAGUCUUAUUGUUGAUCGAUGGCCGUCGCUUAUCAAGACUGCUAUCCCGGCUGGCUUGGACUAUCCCAUGAGGCCUACUGCGUGGGAGAUAGGUAAGGGUGUUGUGGAGUUGGGGUAUGGAGAGAGUCUCACACGCAAGAUCAUGGGGCUCAAAAGAAUGCUUGCUGGCAUGUAA